GAGGACUUGUCAUUUGUGUUAGUUCCGUCAGAUCCCACUUCCUGGCUAGCUCGUCAAAACUUCAGAACUUCGCUUCUUACUUAUUUUGUAUAAUUGAUGAUCUACAUCGCACCGAGUGCCCAAUGUGCAAUAUUAGUUUGGAGAGAACAGAAAGCAGAUCAAGAAAUAUAUCAGCUCUCUAUCUUGGCUCUGUAACUAGGUGAAUCUUCAAGCCAAUUGAGUGAGGUGCCACUCUCGUGGUUCGAUCGACAUUCGUCGUAACUGAUGAUGACGGCGGAGAAGGGUUCAUCGACGGCAACACUGAGCAGACCGUGUGUUCUGAUCAUAGUGGUGGCUGGCGUGGAGAGAUUCGCAUUCAAGGGGGUGGCCUCUAAUAUGGUGACGUACCUCACAGACGUCGUGAAGAUGAGCACGUCGGCGGCAGCCAUGAGCGUCAGCACAUGGGCUGGGAUCACCUCCAUGCUGCCGCUCGUCAGCGCCAUCCUCGCGGACUCCUACUGGGAUCGUUACUCCACCAUCAUCAUCUCCUCCUUGCUCUACGUCACUGGGCUGAUAGGACUAACUUCAUGGGCAUUGUUUCGCAAAUGGAUGCCAUGCUCCUCGCUGUUCCUCCCGCUCUACCUGAUCUCCAUCGGGCAAGGCGGGUACAACCCUUCGCUGCAAGCCUUCGGUGCUGACCAGCUCGACAUAGAUGACGAGGACGAUGACCAGUCCGGCUGCAGCACGCCAGAGGAGAAGGGCAGGGUGAAGAGCGCCUUCUUCCAGUGGUGGUAUUUCGGCAUAUGCUGCGGCAGCCUCCUGGGGAACUCCACCAUGUCCUACGUACAGGACACUGUUGGCUGGGGGAUUGGCUUCGCCAUCCCCUCCGGCGCCAUGGCCAUAUCCGUCGUGGCGUUCUUCUGCUGCACCCCUCUUUACAAGCAGAAGAUCAAUCAGCCGAGAAGCGUCCAUGGUACUUCUUUCCCUGAUAGCAUCUUGAGAGCUAUCAAGUCGCUUCUGGCGAGCGUUUCUGCCGGAAAGAUCCGUUUGUCGCGGAGACACGACGACGAAGACGGCGACAAUGAGAACAACUUUUCUGAACUAGAGUUGCAGGGGAAGGCCCUUAAAGUAGCCGAGGUAACUAGCCCGAAAGACUCCCUGAACGAGGCUACAACUAAACCCAGUGUGGCCAAGAUCAUCCUCAGGCUUCUACCAAUAUGGACGGUGCUACUCAUGUUCGCGGUGAUCUUCCAGCAGCCGAUGACCUUCUUCACUAAGCAGGGCGCGCUGAUGGACCACGAGGUCGGAGGCGGCGUAUUUGUUAUCCCGCCGGCUAUGCUCCAAAGUACGAUCACCGUGUCCAUCAUUUUGCUCAUGCCUCUCUAUGAUAGGAUGAUCAUCCCCCUGAUCAACGUCAUCACCGGGAGCAGCAAGGGGAUCACGGUGCUCCAGCGGAUUGGAGUCGGCAUGGUCUUCUCCGUCGUCGCCAUGGCCAUCGCGGCGCUUGUCGAGUCCCGCCGGCGCCACCUAGUGGCUGGCCAGAUGAACAUCGCCUGGCUCCUCCCGCAGUACGUGCUGCUGGGGGUGUCGGACGUGUUCACCGUCGUGGGGAUGCAGGAGUUCUUCUACACGGAGGUCCCCAGCGCCAUGAGGACCAUCGGCAUCGGGCUCUACCUCAGUGUGUUCGGCGUCGGGAGCCUCGUCGGCGCGGUGCUGAUAUCAGCAAUCGAGCUGGCGACCACGGUGAGGGGAGCCGGUGAGACACACGGCUGGCUCUCCGACGACCCCCAGGUGGCGCGUCUGGAUAACUACUACUGGUUCUUGGCGCUCCUGAGCUCCAUCAGCUUCGUGAUCUUCACGCAGCUGUGCAGGUGCUACAAUUAGCAUGGGCGCGUCGUGAUAGCCUAUCACUGAUACGUGGGAUUGUGGCAGGGUGUGGGAUUUGGGAGUAGAAUUGUGCGGCAUUCUGUUGUUUUGCCUGCGUGCAACUGACACAGUAGGUGACAGAGUGUGAGUUCUUGUGUAUUAGGCUUGUCUCGUUAGGAUUUGGCCUUACAGAAAUGAAAGUUCCAUGUGAA